AUGGGAGCAGCAGAGGUUCUAACUGAUCCGUCAAGCCUGUAUAAUAUGGGCAACAAUGAUUUGCCUGACACAGAUAAUGUGAUUACCGUGAGAAACGCCCUUGCAUCUGUCCAUAGUGGGGAAUCAGACCUUUACGACCAGCUUGUUGAAACUAUUCAGAUCAACAAUAGAUCUGACCAUGAAGUUGGGGCACAGAUUGACACAGUCUUGAAAGCUUUAUCAUGCUCUGUGGCUUGCAUAGAUACCACUCACCAUCGAAGGCUUCUCGCUGCGAUAUUUGGAAUGUCAUUGUGGAAUCACAAACCUCAUGUCAUGGAUGCAUUGGUGGACCUACUCGUCUCACUGGCUGCCACUAGUGGGAAGUAUCUGGACUCUUGUCUUAAUAGGCUCGUAGGACACUUCGUUCCACCGGGUUGGGUAAUUAAUAGACUUAGGCAACAACGUGUAAUCGACCUGAAGAGAGAAGUUCUUGAUCGGGUUCAUGAAGCACUUCUGAAAAUCUCUCUUUUGGUUCCUCUUGCUCCAUCUAGAUUAUUUCCCAUACUCGCUCAACAACUGCCCAAAAUAAACAAAAAGGACCAGGUGGUAGUGAUUUAUGUGGAGAACUUACUAAAGUUGGAGAAUAGCUCAAUCGGGCAAGUUGGUAGCGUCAUGAUUUUUAUGAUGGUGAUGGAGAGGCUGCGAGAUUUGGAUUUGGAGAUUGAUUGGGAUGAUAUUCUACAAGAUGAUUCUAAUAGAGGCAUGUUUGAUAUGGAACUUGAAGAUGCUAUGAAUGAAGGAGACGAGGAUACAUCCAGUAAAAACAUAGUUUUUGAGUCUUUGGAUAAAUUGAUGGUCACAUCUUUUCAUCAUCUUGAAACCUGUAAGCUUGAUGGUCGUUUGGAUCAGGUGUUUGAAAAGCUCUUCGAGUCAUUCGAGAACUUCAUUCUGAAUACAUACAAAUCAAAAGUUUCUCAGUUUCUGAUGUUCUAUGCAUGUUCACUGGAUCCUGAAAAUUGUGGUGUGAAAUUUGGGAGUAAGCUGAUGGACAUUUUUCUCUCCAGCAAUAAGCCUCGACCUACAAGGCAAGCUUCACUUUCUCCUCUAUGGAUGAGUGCAGUGGCUUAUCUAGCCAGCUACUUGGCUCGUGGAAAGUUUUUGCCUGUUUCCUAUGUGGCUACCAUGUUAAAAAGGUUGGUAGAUGAGUGUGCGGAUUACUGUAGAACUUGCAAUGAUGAUAUAAGGCCUGACGCACAUCAGCUUUUCUACUCCGGAUGCCAGGCGAUCAUGUAUGUGCUCUGCUUCCGGAUGAGAUCCAUUCUAGAUGUUCCUCGCUUUCGGUCCGAGCUUAUACCAUUGGAGUCAAUUUUAAUGCACAAACUAAACCCGUUGAUGGUAUGCCUCCCAUCUGUAGUUGGAGAGUUCCUUAGAAAAGCUAAAGCAGGUGGCAUGUUCGUCGUCUCAGACUCCUUCAUUUUCGAUGAUCUACUUGAGUCUGAGCUUUCUCGUGCGUUUGGUGGGUUUGAGAGGCUUGAUACAUUCUUCCCCUUUGACCCUUGCUUGCUGAAAAGCUCUAACAGCUUUAUCUCCCCGAAUUUCAUCUACUGGUCGAUGGUGAAACAAGAUGAUGAGGAGGAGGAGGAGGACGAUGCUGAGAUAAUUGUGAAUGGGGAUGAGGAGAGUGAUGAAGAAGAAGAGGAAGAAGGUGAUCUUGAUUACGCCUUGAACAAGAUGUCCAUAACGCCUAAGCACUCUUUCAAGAACAAGAUGGAAAGAGACAGACUUAUGAAAAUGCCUUCCAUGAUCAGACCGUCUACUAGUCCUCCUGAAUCCCUUUAAGCUUUUUUGGGAAAAUCUCAUUACGCAUUUUUGUAGCAACAUCGACUCGAAACUUUUAUAAUAUAUUGAAACAGUGUUUGUUCUUGAAAGAAACAUAAACUAAACUCAGAAGACUUGAAACAUAAAGGUUUUAAACUAGG